AUGUCGUCGCCGGCUAGAUCUUCCGGGGAGGAGCCAUUGAUUAAGAAGACGAGGAGGAGGAAGAAGAAGAAUUUGACGCAACAAUCGACUCAGAUUUCGUCACUCCCUGAUGAUAUGCUAUUGAGCUGCUUCGCACGCAUCUCUAGAUUGCAUUACCCGGCUCUCUCCUCCGUCUGCAAGAGCUUCCGAUCUCUCCUUGCUUCACCGGAGCUUUACGAGACCCGAUCCUUGUUAGGCAACGCCGAGAGUUGUCUCUACGUGUGCUUAUAUCUCUCCCUGGAUCUUAACCCUCGCUGGUUCACUCUCUGCCAGAAACCUAAUCGGAAGAAUAAUUCGAGUGGUAACCUUUUGGUCCCAUUCCCAGUUCCCAAAUCUCCUCGAGCUCAUUGGAAAGGCGUUGUUGCAGUUGGUUGGAGCAUCUACGUCAUUGGCGGACCAUUCCACGAUUUGCCUUCUUCUGACGUCUGGGUUUUAGACUUCCAUAGUCUUGUUUGGCGCAAGGCUCCGAGCAUGUUGGUGGGGCGAGAUUACCCAGCGGCUAAUGUCUUUGAUGGAAAGAUUUAUGUAGCAGGAGGAUUCAAAGACUAUAACUCUUCCUCAAAUUGGAUGGAAGUUUUCGAUCCAAAGACUCAAACUUGGGAUUUUGUGGUGUGCCCUGUGGCAGAGGGAUGUAGCGCUAGUGUAAUCAAGAGCGCAGUGAUUGAAGGAAAAAUCUUAUUCUACACGUUUAUGAACGAGUGUUUGGCUUACAGUCCAAAGGAAGAUAGAUGGGAAGUGAUAGGAGGGAAGACUUCUUUGGAUUCAGGAUGGGCAUGGCAAUCUUAUUGCGUGAUCGGUGACGUACUCUAUUCUUGUUGUAUUUCAGUGGUACUCAGAUGGUUCGACUCUAAGAGACAAUAUUGGAUGGCUUUGAAAGGUUUGAAAGGACUUCCUAGGUUUCAUGGUAAUGAUUGUGUUAAACUUGCGGAUUAUGGUGGGAAGCUGGCUGUUUUCUGGACCAAGUACUCUCCUUCUAGCGAAUAUAACGAGAAGACGAUCUCGUGUGCUGUGAUUUCGCUUGAAAGACGCAAUGGUGAUGAUGAGGAUGAGGAGAUUUGGGGAACGGUCGAGUGGGUUGAUCCUCUUCUUACACUUGCUUACCCUUAUAGAUUUGAGUGUGCUCUUGCUGCUACGGUUUGA